AUGGCGGCUGUGCCGGGGGGCUUCUUUGGGUCGGCGUUUGUCCUGAGAUUUCUCUUGGCGACUGUACUUCACGCGGUGUCUGCUUUCAAGGCAGAGUUUUCAUCAGAGGCAUGCAGAGAGUUAGGCUUCUCUAGCAACUUGCUCUGCAGCUCUUGUGAUCUCCUUGGACAGUUCAACCUACUUCAGCUGGAUCCUGAUUGCAGGGGAUGCUGUCAGGAAGAAGCACAAUUUGAAACGAAAAAGCUAUAUGCAGGAGCUAUUCUUGAAGUCUGUGGAUGAAAAUUGGGGAGGUUCCCUCAAGUCCAAGCUUUUGUCAGAAGUGAUAAGCCCAAACUGUUCAAAGGACUGCAAAUCAAGUAUGUUCGUGGUUCAGACCCUGUGCUAAAGCUUUUGGACGACAGUGGGAACAUUGCUGAAGAACUAAGCAUCCUGAAAUGGAACACAGACAGUGUAGAAGAAUUCCUGAGUGAAAAAUUGGAACGCAUAUAAAUCUUCCUUAAUGUUUUGUCCUGUCUUUUUGUUAUCAAAUGAAAUAUUACACCACCUAGAAAAUAAUUUAGUUCUGCUUGCUUCCAUUAAUCAGUCUUUUACUGUGAGGCAUUAAACAUCUAAUUAAAAACUGAAGUGGCAAUACAGUCCAUAACAUCUUAGGAGUUGACAAGACUAACAAAAUUCAUUUUUUAAUAAAUUUCUGUUGUGCAUUUGUUGAUACCACUAACAAAAGUGCUUUGUAACAGUUUUAUGGUUAAUUAUGCAAGUGAUAGUUUUUGAUCAUUGGUCCAGUCUUACAAACAACAGAGUUUUAAAUUAAUUUUGGUUAAUAAA